AUGGGCUCAGUUUUGUACGAAGUCAGCCGUUUAAUGAUGUAUAACAAGAACAACAACGAUAACAUAACAAGAACAGUAUCAAUAAAGGCCGUAGCCAAAGAGGUAUACAAAUAUUGUCAGGAAGAACACAAUAUUAAUGGUUUUAAAAACUGCAUUGCUUUUGGCCGCUAUGAACUGGACACGUGGUACCAUUCUCCCUAUCCAGAGGAGUAUGCCCGGCUUGGGCGACUCUAUAUGUGUGAAUUCUGCCUCAAAUAUAUGAAGAGUCAGACAAUACUUCGCAGACACAUGGCAAAAUGUGUCUGGAAGCAUCCUCCAGGAGAUGAAAUCUACCGCAAAGGCCCAAUCUCAGUAUUUGAAGUAGAUGGGAAAAAGAACAAGAUAUAUUGCCAAAACUUGUGCCUCCUGGCAAAGCUCUUCUUGGACCAUAAGACUUUGUAUUAUGAUGUCGAACCAUUUCUUUUCUAUGUCAUGACAGAAGCUGAUAACACAGGAUGCCACCUAAUAGGCUAUUUUUCCAAGGAAAAGAACUCAUUUCUCAACUAUAACGUUUCUUGCAUCCUGACAAUGCCUCAGUACAUGAGGCAGGGUUAUGGCAAAAUGCUUAUUGAUUUCAGCUAUUUACUCUCCAAAGUGGAAGAGAAAGUUGGCUCUCCAGAAAGGCCCCUCUCAGACUUGGGACUUAUUAGCUACCGUAGUUACUGGAAGGAGGUUCUUCUCCGUUAUCUGCAUAAUUUCCAAGGCAAAGAAAUCUCCAUCAAAGAGAUCAGCCAAGAGACAGCUGUCAAUCCUGUUGACAUUGUUAGCACUCUGCAAGCCCUUCAGAUGCUCAAGUACUGGAAAGGCAAACACCUGGUCCUAAAAAGACAAGAUCUUAUUGAUGAAUGGAUAGCCAAAGAGGCCAAAAGGUGCAACAGCAAUAAAAUCAUGGAUCCUAGCUGUUUGAAAUGGACCCCACCCAAAGGCACUUAAUUAACCAGUCUCUCCAAGAAGUGUGAACAUCCCAUUCAUGUGCUGUCAUCAUCACCACUGUGGGUACUUUUUCUUUUCCCAGCACUAGAAACAUCCUUCCAGAUCUUGGACAUGUGAUUGCUCUUGGUACCAGCUCUUCCCUUUCAGAUAUUUCUGCAGUGUUUUACUUUUUAUAGAACAUUUUUGAACAGACACCUUGUCUAUGAGGCAAGAUUGAAAAGAUGAGAGUUCUGGACAAUAUUAACACGACCUCAAGAAAGUGCAGUAGGAUUUAGUUGCUCCUCCAUCAGUUACUUGUUCCUAGCACAAAAACUAGGGUUGCUUCUCACAUUUUUAGUUUUAUAACUUCUUAGCCCUCUGAGAUGUAGUCCACCUAUGCAAUAUAGUGGAAUUGCAAAUGUGAUGGAAAGGAUCAUAUUGCUUCGUUUUGCCAAUUGGGGCAGAGAAAAAUCAAUUUUAAAUUUCUUUGUUAAAAACAAAGUAAAGCUAGUGGGGCUAGGGGCAGACAUUCUCAUUAGUCCAUUUCUAUACUAGCUUUUAUCCACAUGGUUUUAGUAGGUAAGAGAGCACUAAAAAAAAACCCAGCAAUCCUGUGCCUGUGUUCUGAAAUGCUCCAAUCUAUUCUAUUUGCCCUACAUUUUCUUGCCAUUCUGCUGCAUGUGUAUAUACAGUCUAGAUGUAUGUCCGUGAGACUAUUUCCUCACCACAUGUUGACAAGGUACAAGUAAGAAAUGAUCCAGUGCUUCCUGGAAUCCUGAAUUGCUUCUGGAUGUGCAAAUCUCUCACAUUUAUUUGCAGAACCUAAAACUUUCUUGUUCUUGGCACCUGUGUAUUCCAACAUUGUCAUCAAAAUAUUUUUCCCACUUCAGUCCACCAAGAGAGUUGAUGGGCAAGGAAGCUCCAAACUGACUUUGGUUUCUGAGAAUAGUAAUGGUUUUAUAAUUUUGGAUACAGGGUAUCAGAAGCAAUGAGUCAGCCCUCUGUGAAUUGGAUUUUGUAGCUGGGAUAGUCAAAUCCCCGAUGGGGAGAUAUCAGACAGGAAAGAUGUCACAUUACCUGAUCUUGAUUGCAUGCCGAAUGGAAAUACAAGAUGCCAUCACUUACUCUGUAAUUUUGGACAAGUGACCCUCAUGGCAGUUUUUGAAUAGACUCUGACUGCCAAUAUAUUUCAAGAGUCAAUUAAAUUAACUUUGUAGGGAAAAAUUGCAAGAUCAACAUUUGAGUCUUGGCAUAGCAUCGCCUCUCUAAUUUGGCAUGGCUCAUCAUUUUGGAUUAGUUACUUCAAGGGUCCUAUGCUUGAAGCCUAAGGAAUAUACAUAGAAACACAUUUCAUCAGCUGGUGGAGGAACACUGCUCUUUUUGCCAAAUUAUUCCUUUGCAGUAUAUAGCUAUAUACAUUCGGCAGUUUUGUGAUUUAUUAUUCAAUUUGUGAAGCUGCUGGAUAUGCUAAUGCCAGGCCUCAGGGCAAUUCGCUGCAGCUGACUGAAUGUAGUCUUCAUGAUGGCUUGUAUUUUUUGGGCCUACAUUGUCAAUUUGCAGAUUUUCCCUGCCAAUGAGACUGCCUUGGUCUGAUAAUUUUCUUAUCCUUUUUUCAAGCAUUCUGUAAGGAGAUUGAUAGCUUCAGCUAUAUUGCUCCAUAAAUGAAUGUUGAGAGUUAGCUCAGAAGUCACUGAGGGUAGGUGGAUAGUUAUGGGUAUUUUUAAAAUAUUUUUUUAUUAUUUUACAAAUGGAAAAUAAAGUCUAUUAUACAAGGUUAUCCAAAGACAAAUUUUAAUCUCAUUUUAAGGUUUGAUACCUGGAGGUUUAUCAUAAUAUGACUCCAUUUUAUUAUGACAUUAAAAUUAUCAGUUUUAAUUGAAAUUGUGACAAAUUAAAAAUAAAACUUCAAAACAACUAUAAUAGAUCUCCAGCAUCAGUUCCAUAUUAAGCUUUUUACCAUUGUAAGUCAGGUGCUACAAGUAUUUUAAUUUGCCCAUUUCUAAAACCCCGAUCUUCCUAUAUUACAAAAGGAAAAAGAGGAAAAAACUGGCUAGUCUGCUACACUAUUAUCUGCCAGUUCCAGUUAUGCAUAGGUGGCAAUGUAUACUAAAGAAUUGGCCUACCAAUAGUCUUUAUAAGCUUUCUUUCCUUUUUGCCUGUAUUAUUGGUGUGAAGUUAUGUCUCAGCUGCUGGCUGUGUUUCUGCUAUU